AUGAUGAUGAUGAUGGGCCGUGUGAUGUGUGUGUUGGCCGUUGUGCUGUACUGCGCCUGCGGGUAUACCAUGACGGCUGCUGCUGAGGAACCAACGCAAAAUAAUGAUGGGCAUGGUGAAUCUGGGUGGAAUAGAAAAGAUGCGGUAAAUGGAACAGGAUGGUAUUCUCCGUUUGAUAGCGAUGCCGUUGAAGAAGUCGAUGUGUGCUUGGGCAGCUCUCACUCUAAUAAGAAAAAGUGUGAACAUUGGCGCAAAGACAGAAGUAUGGCUGAAACUACGGUUGGUACAGAUAAAGAAAGAGUAAGUGAAGAUGUUAUUUCUUUACCAGAGCAACCGCAACAACAAAGGUUAACUGAACAAAGUGAUCUUUCUCGUCCACCUGCUGCUGUUGCUGCUUCUGCAGGGACACACGGUGUUGGUGAUGCUUCUCACCCUCGUGAUCAAGUUAAAGAAAACCCAGUGGUUCAAGAGAUUGAGAAUACACUGACCGGACAAGCGGAACCCUCUACGACUGGUUUGGAGACUCCUGGUGCUCAGCCAGGUGGAACAGAUAAUGUAGAAGUACCCGCAGAUGCAUCUCAUAAGAUCGAUCAGGGACAAUCACAAAAUGGAACUCAACCUGGAAGUCCCGUGGAGGGACCAUCACAUUCAGGAAGUGAACCGAGUACAACUAACAGAAGAAAUUCGGAAAAUGCAGAGACCACACAAACAAAUGUUCAAGAAACUCCUGAAGGGCACGAUUCUUCUGCUCCUACAUCCCAGAAUACAGUUGAUGCCUCCGAUAGCAGUUUAUCCGCGGAUAAUACCGGUACUCGUCAGGAUAAGAGUGUAGCAGCUGUUCCAAAACCUGCAGAGGGUAACUCAAACAGUGAAGAACCAACCACCACCACCACAACAACAACACUUCCUCCUGAACCUACAAACAACAAGAAGGGUGAUGCAGACAGCAGCAGCAGUAUCAGCAGUUCUGUGUGGGUGCGUGUACCACUACUGAUUGUGUUUACACUGGCCUGUAUUCUUGUAUGCUGA